CAUUAUGAGUUAACGAUUACUGUAUGUAAAGACGCAGACGAAUUAUUGUCAUUAAUUUCCAAUGACUUCGAAGAUAAAAGUGAUAAUAAUAAUAAUUUGCAAUAUCAAAAUAACCUCGUCGAAUAUGACCGGCAAUGUAAUCAAUGCAGAAGCUUCCGAUAUUAUAGACUUUCCACAUUCUGCAUAUUUGGCUAUAGAGUGUAGCUCAAGUCGUGGAGAAGGUUACUUUUCGUGUGGCUCCUCUAUAGUUAAUCAAGCUGUUUUGUUGACUGCUGGGCAUUGCAUCAUUGCGUGCCAAGAAAACGUUGACGCCUUUGCUAUAUUCGGACAUGAACAGAGAGAUAAGGGAAUAGUUUCGAACGUGUCGCAUAUCAAAUUGCAUGAAGAUCAUUUCGAGGGUUCAUUGUCAAACGAUAUAGCUCUAGUGUUGUUGAAGAAAAAAUUGAAGUUCAGUUGUACAGUUAGAAGAGUGGCGUUAAUGAGGCGUCCUCCGUACGGAGAUAAUGCUACUGUCGCUGGUUGGGGGAAAAUAGAUGAUCUAUCCAACGACGUGUCUAACAUCCUGAUGAGCACACAACAGAUAAUUCUACUCCCGUCGACUUGUACUUUUACCAUGAACAACCCACCUGGCACUUUCUGCGCCGAUAGUAGGCCUGGAACGGGUAUUCCUGCAAGAGCUGAUUCCGGCAACGCCAUGGUAAUCAAUAACUUCAUCCAGAUAGGUCUUGUGUCUUACAUGGACCCUCAUGUUUCUAAGAGGAUCACUGUGUACACUAACAUCAGCUAUUUUUACGGUUGGAUAAAAUAUAACACUAGGAAAUUAUUUUGUACAAGAAAAAAAAGUAAAAGGCACAGAAAGGGAAUAAUAUGGGCUAUAGCUGUCGCCAAUUCGUCAUCAUUAGCCUAG